AUGGAUACGAGGAAGAAUCGUCGUGCGAGCAUGCAAGCUCUCUCCGCCGUUAGCUUCGAAGCUAUUCCGGAGAAUCAACGUGUACAGCAUCACCAUAGACCUCGUAGCAAUACACAAAGGCAUAUGCGAGCAUCAUUGUCGAACGCCAGUAGAUCAUUUACGCGUAAGGUUUCGCGCACUCUAUCCCGUACUACAUCAGUAAGAUCAUUACAAAUACACCUUGCAAGUGGUGUCCUAAUCCUUUUAGGAGUGCUGCUUUUCACUGGGGUAGUAGCGUAUAUUGUGUCAGGGCUCGAAUUGAAUUCGAGUACGGUUUUUUCCGUAUGGAGUGCUAGCAGUUCACAAUUUUGCAAAAACUGUCGUAAUAGUAUGGAUGCCAAGGGGAAACAGGAAGGAGACAUAGAUACGAGCAAUCAACAUACAAUGUUGACUCAUGCUGACAAGCUGUUCAUAUGUGAUCAGCUUCAAGGUCUGAUUGACGACAUUCAAAAUAAGUAUGCGCUUUAUAUACAGACCCAUCAAUACCCAAAUAUGAAAAGAUACACGGUUAUGGACAAUAACACACCGCCUUAUGCCAAGACUGCUUGUCCAAGUUAUAUGCCAGGUGUCAUCAAAGCACGAGCGUUUGCUCUGAAUAAGACGGUAGACAAUCCAUAUCACUAUUGUUUUGGAGGAACUAGCAUGCCUGGGCCCCGACAGUGUGACUUUGUAGUGCCCGACUAUACUGUUAAAUCUGCUGACAAACAAGCGCCCAUGUAUCCUCAUAUACUACCCCCUGGGCAACAAAACCAGGAGCAACCACAAUACAACGGGAAGGUUGGUUUGUAUGGAAAGAGUUUUGCAUACAAAACUCACUAUUACAAGUCAAUGGCCACCAAGAAAGCAUCUGCCGACGAAAAUGACGACACAAUUACGCUUUCAACGCAGGGUACUUGGAGUCGCAUUGGUAACAUAGUAACACUCGCGCAACGGUGGCAGGGACCUAUCUCAUUCGCCUUGUUUUUCGAAAAAAAUGACGGGUCGAAUGCUAUCGAGCUUCUAGACAAGUUUAUAGCCGACAACGAAUACGUAGCACAAUACGUAGAUUUCCAUUUGGUGUGGCGUGAUGAUCAUCGUGACAUAGAUGAAGGGGCGUUUUAUCCUAUCAACUUGUUGCGAAACAUAGCCUUGCAACCAGUGAAAUCGUCGCAUGUGUUUAUAAUCGAUGCAGACAUAAUACCGAAUGCAGGGCACACUCGGUACAUUCAGUGGGUAGCAGACGCUGAAGGAUCUGCGGCCGUUCAAAAUAAGGACAAGUCCGCGUCGUGCCCUGGGUUACAGGCCUUUAUCCCGCCAGCUGUGGAGAUGGAUGCCGACUCGCUAUCGCGCAUGUAUGCUUCUGGAAACAGUCCCAGAGCAGACACACUACUGACUAAAAGUCAAGUUGUUCAAGGUUUGUUUAAAGGACAGGUUAGGCCCAUGCACCAAUACUUCGGACCGGCGUACCUACCAACAAAUCACUACAGCUGGAUGAGCUCGGAAGAGACAACUGAGUUGACCUAUUUGACACGAUUUGAACCUUAUUACAUAGCUCGAAUGCCUAUUCCGUUAUUUAACGAGACCUUCAUCAACCGAGGCGGCAACUUUGCGCAGCAAGUGUACGAGAUGGCCGCUGGGGGGUACUCCUUUUUCCGGCUCUCAGACGCGUUUGUAGUUGAUAUACCGCACACGCAUGCAAAGCCUGAAGCCAGCGCAAAAGCUGAUACCAAGGACACCACAGACCUUCGAGACCGCGAAGUGAGUGAAGACUCCGGCAGGAAUAGAUCCGUACCGCAGGCGAGUGCCGGCGGAAACAAUGGCUCAGGUGUGAUAACGGAGAAUUUGACCAAGCAAAUCAACCAUAAUGAGAACUUUAUUAGGAAUAUGUGGACACACUUCUACGAGCACAUGCAAAGACGAUACUUGUCAAAUAUUGUGAGCCCUGAGGUCGCGGAGCGGAACUUCCGGACGUAUAGGCGCACACAGGAUAGAAUUGCGAAGACUCUGUGGAACGCCAUAGCAACGCAGGAGUAUGUGGAAAAGUAUCAACAAAGCAUGUAA